UAUGCGAGUCCUUUCUGCUUCCUGUUCUCUACUAGUCUAGCGGGUCGCUGCUGGUCAACGGCGUCUUUGUCUAUCGCACACUAGAGAUGCCGUUAAGAUGGCCCGUAUAGGAGGUCACCCCAUCCUGGGAUUGCUCUUCAGUAUACUACUCUGCCCCGCCGCCAUCGCCGGCCUAUCAGUCUCGCCACACUCUUCCACAGGAAACGCUGCAUUUCCAGGCGAAGCCGCACCACCAUGUGACGACAAAGACCACUGGAUGGGACUGGGAGUUGUGCAACCGUCGAUUCCCGGAACCCCGGCCUUCACACGAAACAUAACCGGCAACCAAGAUCAGAUACAGCUUUCACGUCGAGAUUGUUUGUCAAACGGGACAAACUAUUGCUUUGGAAAUAGCAUCAACUAUUGUGCAGGGUGUGGUACCUGCUGUGCGGACUCUGCCAACAAGUGGUGCUGUGGUGCGGAUGGCAUUUGUUGCGGCAAGUCAUGCUGUGGAAAGGGACAGUCGUGUCGACAGGGACAAUGCAUCGGCCACCCGAGCAAAACUUCCACCAUCGUUAGCACCGUCCACACCACCCUGACCCGUCUAGUCACCAAGAUCGACACGGUUAUCAUUGCCGUGAUUUCCACAUCGUUCGUCGACACCGUCGUAACACUGACCGAGUCGAAACCAGGGGCAACUUAUACCGAUAUUACAUAUGUCACGACAACAGUGCUGGCUAAGAGGUCAGAACCUUCAUCCCUGAGCAACCAUCUGCAAGAUGCCGCCCAGCAAAAUGAUGCAGGCGACAGCGAUGGAUUACGGCCGAACUCCGGCUCUCUAGCCUUGCCGGCGGAUCAACAAGUUGGAAACAGCCGAUUGAAGGCACAACCCCUUAUCGCACCCGCAGUGGCUCGCCGGCAAGAGUCAAGCAGACCACCUGCAACGUCGGUGUUGUUCUCGACCGUGACUUCCACGAGCGUCAUUACUGAGUUGGAAGAGGUUAUUUCGACCAUAUCUUCCACGACGACGAUUAGCUCAAUCUCUGUAGUCGUAGCGGAGGUGCAUAGGACGCGCACUCAGGAGGUCGAUGCCAUCACAACCAUAUUCACAACCGAGACGCAGACGAUCACAUCCGGUCCCGUCGUCACAGCUACACUAAUAGUGCCGGGUUCAAACCCCAGCUCAAGUGUCCCUCCUCCUGUGAUCGUAACUUCACAGGCUCCUCCACCGACACAGACAAGCCUUGUUCCACCGGACCCGGCUUCGACCUCGAACCAGGGCAAUUCGGGAAACCGGGGACCGCCACUCUCCACGGGAGCAAUUGCAGGAAUAGCCGCAGGAUCGGCAGGUUUCGCAGCGUUGGUUGCUAUAGCUAUAUACGUUUUCUUCCUACUGAGGGCUAGAAGAGCACGGAAACUUCAGGAAUGGGAAGACCACUUGACUGGGCUGAGUAUCCCCAGGGUUGUUUACGGCGGAGAGAUACGUCAACCCCGGCUUCCAAAUAUGGGUCAACCGGUGACUCAAGCUCGGUUUGCCCCGGCCGUGUUUGCGGCCACGCACCAUGAGAGAGGUAGUCCGAGGCGGCAGAGUACCUACCUCAGCACGUCGAGCACGGAGCGUUCCAUCAACAGCAACGGCGGACUAGCCCGCGCCGCCACCUUUGCCGGGAAGCCGAGCCAUCGGAGCAGUGAGGCGACGAGUAUUCAGACCGUCGCCCCCCACGUGGCGGAACUGGGAGACACGAGCCGCAUAGAGAUGUCUGGCGUCGAGGACUGGCCGAUGAGGAAUGAGGUCGACCACAGCCAGGCCGAUCCUCUGUCCUCGAGUCCUCCCGGGGUAAUGUUGGCGCAUUCACCAAUGUCCCCUGAUAUCAUGGAUACGCCACUGUCCUUGCCGCUGCGUGGGAGGAGAUAUUCCAACUACAGAGACUAUUGAGGCCUACCAAAAAAAAGAAACAGACAGAAAAGACCAAAGCACAGAAAGAGAGAGAGAGAGAGAGAAAAAAAAAAGAAAAAAACAGGUCCAAACGAAGUUUUGUUUCGACAUUGAUUUGUGCAUAUACGUGUGGUCAUCGCGAUUUAGCCAGUUUUGAUGUAUUUUUGUGACGGUCAGCCACUAGGCUUUAUGCAGGGGAUGCAAGCUGAGCCAUCGGCUCCCCUUUGUCACUUAAAACAUGAGAAAUAUGCCUCCUGCCAUAGUAAAUAGACUGUUUCAAAUGAUCUUUGGAUCAAGUAUUGAG